GGUGGUUGCAGCGGCUCCCGCUCCGGCUCCGGCUCCCGGCGCCCUCCCGGCCUCACCGCCCUGCCCCGCCACCAUGGCCGGGAUCAUCAAGAAGCAGAUCCUCAAGCACCUCUCCAGAUUCACCAAAAACUUAUCCCCUGACAAGAUAAACCUAAGCACACUAAAAGGAGAAGGCCAGCUGACCAAUUUAGAACUGGAUGAAGAGGUUCUCCAAAACAUGCUGGAUUUGCCAACAUGGCUUGCAAUCAACAAAGUCUUUUGCAAUAAAGCAUCCAUUCGGAUCCCAUGGACAAAACUGAAAACGCAUCCAAUCUGCUUGUCCCUAGAUAAAGUAAUAAUGGAAAUGAGUACAUGUGAAGAGCCACGCGUCCCUAAUGGCCCAUCGCCUAUUGCUACAGCUUCAGGACAGAGUGAAUAUGGUUUUGCUGAAAAAGUAGUGGAGGGAAUUUCUGUUUCUGUAAAUUCCAUUGUGAUCCGAAUUGGAGCAAAAGCAUUCAAUGCUUCCUUUGAACUUUCUCAACUGAGAAUAUAUAGUGUAAAUGCAAACUGGGAACAUGGAGAUCUAAGAUUUACACGAAUACAAGAUCCUCAACGCAGAGAGGUUUUGACAUUUAAAGAAAUAAACUGGCAGAUGAUACGAAUAGAAGCCGAUGCUAUCCAAAGUUCUAACCUUGAAAUCAUGAGUGCUCCAGUUCGAUUGAUAACUAAUCAAUCAAAAAUCAGAGUCACCCUUAAAAGAAGGUUAAAGGACUGCAAUGUCAUAGCAACAAAAUUAGUUCUAAUACUGGAUGACUUAUUAUGGGUUCUAACUGACUCCCAGUUGAAGGCCAUGGUACAAUAUGCAAAAUCUCUUAGUGAAGCAAUAGAGAAGUCAACAGAGCAAAGGAAAAGCAUGGCUUCUGAACCUAUGCCGAGUUCCACCCCUGCCCCAAGUUCCCAGCAAGUGAAAACCCCACAGACUUCAUCAACACCUGACCAAAAUGAUGCAAUUGUGAAACUGUUUAGCGAAUUUGAUGUUAAGGAAACUUCACAUCACUUAGUGAUUUCCCACUUGGAUCUCCAUAUAUGUGAUGACAUUCAAGCUAAGGAAAAAGAGCCAAACAGACGCAUUACUGGAGGGGCUAUGCAAGUGUCUUUUAGUCAACUAACUGUAGACUAUUAUCCGUAUCAUAAAGCAGGAGACAGUUGUAGUCAUUGGAUGUGUUAUAGUGAUGCCACAAAAACCAAGAGUGGAUGGGCCAAAGAAUUAUUACAUGAGUUCACGUGCAAUGUCGAACUGCUUAAGCAAGCUGUGGAGGAUCAUAAUGCGGGUUCACCUCCUAAAUCUCCAACACAUGGUUCUCCUCAGCAUGUACAAACAGGGAAAGAACCCAUACCCAAAGGGACUUCCAGAACUCCUUUGCUAUCACCUCAGCAACCAAAAGCCAAACUGAUGUCAAGCUCCGUUGUGGUUAGACUUGCAGAUUUCAAUGUAUACCAGGUCUCUACAGCAGACCAGUGUCGUUCUUCCCCCAAAACCAUGAUUUCCUGCAAUAAAAAAUCUCUUUAUCUUCCACAAGAAAUGUCGGCUGUUUAUAUAGAGUUCACUGAAUACUACUACCCAGAUGGAAAGGAUUUUCCCAUUCCGUGUCCCAAUCUUUAUGUUCAGCUAAAUGCACUGCAGUUUACUCUCGAUGAGAGAAGUAUCCUUUGGUUAAAUCAGUUUGUGUUGGAUUUGAAACAGAGUCUCAAUCAGUUUAUGGCUAUGUACAAAUUGAAUGAGAGUUCAGAAUCUGAUGAGCACGUGGAUGUUCGAGUUGAUGGAUUGAUGCUAAAGUUUAUCAUUCCUUCUGGGAAGAAAUCAGAACACCAUCAAGAUCAACCACAUGCACUUUCAAUUCAGAGUUCUGAAAUGAUUGCCACAAAUACGAGGCACUCACCAAACUGUAGACACUCUGAUCUGGAAGCUUUAUUCCAAGAAUUCAAAGACUGUGAUUUUUUCAGUAAAACCUACACCAGUUUUCCCAAAUCUUGUGACAAUUUUAAUCUUCUGCAUCCGAUCUUUCAGAGACAUGCUCAUGAGCAAGAUACCAAAAUGCAUGAUGUUUAUAAGGGAUACGUAACCCCCAAGUUGAAUAAAUACACUCUUAAAACCUCUGCUGCAACUGAUGUCUGGGCUGUGCACUUUUCUCAAUUUUGGAUAGAUUUUGAAGGAAUGAAAAGUGGUAAAGGACGGCCAGUAAGUUUUGUAGAUUCUUUUCCCCUUUCCAUUUGGGUUUGCCAGCCAACAAGAUUUGCAGAGUUGCAAAAAGAGCCCCAGAGUUGUGAUCCAGCACCUUUAAACAUUUCCAAAAGUGAAAGUAGUGAUCUAGCUGGUCGCUUGAAGCGCAAAAAACUCCUGAAGGAAUAUUACAGCACAGAAUCUGAGCCCUUGACCAACGGUAUUCCAAAACCACUUUUAUCAGACUUACCUUCUGCAUCUUCAUCAUCAGAUGCGGAUAUCCACGUCCUUGUUCACGUUCAAAAGCACGUGAGCAUGCAGCUCAAUCACUACCAGUAUCUACUGUUGCUUUUUCUCCAUGAGUCCCUUAUUCUACUUUUAGAAAAUCUAAGGAAGGAUGUGGAAGCUGUAACAGGUAAACCUGUCAAGGAGACAUCCGUCUGCAUCGGGAUUUUGCUUAAAAGUGCCGAAGUGGCCCUGUUGCUCCACCCACUGGCUCCCGCAAGCACUUUUAAGCCUCCUGUUUCUGAAGGUGAAAGCCCUAGGGCAACUGACUUUUCAUCAAUGGAGUAUGGAGAUGCUCUUUCAUCAGAAAGGAAAGCAGUUCCUAAUGACAGGACUCGGAUCAGUAGCUCAAAUGUAAAUUUCAGUUCCGAUAGUAGGUCUAUGAGUGUUGAUCUCAGUCAAGUUCCUUUGAGGGAUUCCUCUCUUUUUAAAUCAGCCAGUGAUACAAAUCUGCAGAAGGAGAUUUCUUUUCUAGAUUACUCAUCCGAUAAAAGUUUAGGGAAAAUAAAUGAAAAUGAAAGUAAUAGACUACCAACGAGUGGCUCGGAAGAAGCUGACUCAGACUUAAAUGACAAAAAUAGCCUAUGUUGCACUGAUUCAACAAGGAAGAGGCAAGAUCCAAGUGGUUUGUUAGUUGAGAAAGAUGAUGGUCAAAAUGUUUUUUCAAAUAAUCUAACUGAUAAAGAAAAUGGAAUCAUCGACUUGGCCUUUAAAGAUACAGACUUGGUACAGGACACAGCUGUACUCCCCCAGGACCAAUAUAUCAGCAAAGAUAAGGCAACCUCAGCUAGAAUGCUUACCUCCCAGUCCUCGUUAAGUGUAAAGCCUAAGGACCGCUGCCAGUCCAACCAGCCUGCAUUCUCUGUUGCUUAUAAGAACAUGAAGAGAAGCUCUUCACAGGUCUCAUUGGACACCAUUUCAAUUGACAGCAUGAUGCUGGAAGAACACUUAUUAGAGAGUGAUGGGAGUGAUAACCAUAUCUUUUUGGAGAAAGGAAUUGAAGAUCUGUCGACUAUAAGUUAUCAGAGUCAAGCAGAAAGUUCAAAUGUAGGGUCCAGGAUUGGAAAUUGUGGUGAAUCCUCUCCAGAUGCCAUUAGUGCAACCUCAGAAAGUGCUCAAGAGAACAAUGAGGACCUGAUACAUUUUUCACAAAUAUUUCCUGAAGCGGUUGCACAUGUUGAAAUACAUUUUCUACCCUUUCAGAAGCUGUCCGCAGAACUAAUUAAAUUUUGUCACUUGAUGCCAAGAUUUAAAAAAUCUAUAUCAGUUGUAGUGUUUAAAAUCAUGGGUGUAAAUGGUGAAAUUGACAUCAGAGGUGAAGAUACAGAAAUUUGCCUUCAAGUGAACCAGGUGACACCAAGUCAAUUGGGCAACAUAAGUGUUCGGCAUUAUCUCUGCAACCGCCCUGUUGGUUCAGAUCGCAAAACUGUACUUGGUCUUGCUAAAUCUUCACCAGAGAUUACACUUAGGUUUGAAAGUGGGCCUAGUGCUGAGAUACACUCUCUAUUAGCAGCCAAAAAUGGAUUUCUUCAGUGCCAUAUAGAAAAUUUUAGCACCGAAUUUCUAACAUCCUCCCUUAUGAACAUUCAACAUUUUCUUGAAGAUGAAGCAGAAGCAACAGUUAUGCCAAUGAAGAUACAAGUUUCCAACGCAAGGAUAAAUUUAAAAGAUGACAGUCCACGGAAGACUACCUUAACGCCACAACCAGCUCCUGUGAUGUUACAUAUUGAUCACCUAAUUGUAGAGAGGAAUGAUGAUGGUUCUUUCCAUAUCAGAGAUUCUCAGAUUCUAAAUACCAGUGUUGGGAAGAAAACCAUCACAAGUGAUACAGUGCAGCAAACUGGUGGAAAUAAUGAACUUCUGAAACAACAAACCUGUGUGUCUCAAGCUACACAGACAUCUGCAGAAGUUCCUGGACCUUCUAGUUCAGUAGAACAUCCUCCUAGGAAUUCCAAUGACCUUGUCAGAAAACAGCUCCUUGAAGAAAAUGAAUGUCUGAAACAGGAGCUGGCAAAAGCAAAAAUGGCUCUUGCAGAGGCCCAUAUGAGAAAUGAUACUCUACUCCAUCAAAUAAAGAAGAUGACAAGUGAACCUCAGUAGUGGCAAUCAGAUGUUCAGAUUACUGCACUCACCUCGGAAGGGCUGCACUUACAGUACAGGACUUCUGAAGGACUCUUGCCUUUUCUUGCACAUUGGAAUGAUGACUUCCAAAACAAAUCUUAAAAGAAUUAAGUUCAAAUUAUUUCAUCAAUCCUUUUUAUUAUUUUUUUUUGGGUGUGACUUUCUUUUAAUGCUAUUGCGAUGCAGAGAAGUUUAUUAAUACUGUAUAAUAUCCUUGGAAUUGAAUAAAAACACUCUCAAUUGGAGCCUCAUUCAAAGAAUUUAUGAUUCAAUAUACGCUAAAACAGACCAAUAUAUGAUUUCCCCAAUUCAAGUAAUUUUACCACUUGUUAUAACCACAGUUAUAAAUAUUAAGUUUCAGAUGUUUAUGUAAACGUAAAAUAAAACGGGGGUUGCAUUUGCACUGUUCACACAAUAAUGUAUUUAAAGCUGUAGCUAUUCAGUUAUUGUAAAAAGACCAAUCAGAUCAAUCACUUGUAUAAUAGAUCUCUUUGAAAACUUUGGAAAAUCAUCACCUGUUGAACUUGUGAAGCAACAUGAAAAUGUGAAGAGAAUAGUUUAAUGGGUGAGCUGUAUAAACCUUCAGCUAAAAGGUACAGUUGUAAAAAGAAGCACAAAACUGUAUAAAAUGAGUAAAAUUUUAGAGUAUGCUUCUAAAUUUUAAAACCACAAAUUGUACAUUCCUUUGAGAAAGCAGUAAAUGAAUAAUUUAUUUAUCUUGUUUAAUUUGACGGUAUUUGUAACUUGAAAGGUUUUAAUUAAUAUUAUUUAUGAUUUCUUGAAACAUGCUUCCUUUACAUUAGGGGUUUUGAUGAAAGUCUUGUUUUCACACACAAUAGACUUUCUCAUAACUGUUUCUCUAGUACCCUAGUGGACUUUAUCCCUAUUGAAUUUAUAGAGAUGGUUUUUCAUUAAAGCUUUAUGUGGAAUGUAUAAAAUUUGCUGUGAUCGGAAUAAUUGGUAAAAUUUGAAGUUGGAAUUUUA